AUGAAGUUAAAGCAACUUAAAGUUAGACCAAAAAAGAUAUUGGAAGCUAGCCCUUGUAUUGUUGAAAUGGGUGCCUUGUUUGAAUGUUGGGCUACUGCUGGUGUUAAUGAUGGCCGUUGUACAGCUGCUGCCCAAUCAUUAACCAAUUGCAUGCAAAAACCUAAGAAGCAUACCAAUACAAUCAACUAUCACUUGGCCAGAUUAAGCAAACAAUUAUAA